AGGUUUCGCCGGUUCAUUCUACCUGCAGGCGAAGCCAUCACCUGCCUUGUGCCUGAGUCCGGCGAGUUGUUGGAGUUGGGAGAGGAGCGGGUUGGACCGCGCUGGUUUACGGCGCACCACAAGGGUUUUAACACAGAUCGCGUUCGGUUGCUGAAGAGGUCGGACGUGCCGCUUCGAGGAACAGAGAGGCGCUCGUUCUCGCCGAAAUGUCAACAGGGACCUCGGCGUGUACGGAAAGCGAUCGUCAGUUUUGAACGAUGCUUAAAGUGGUCCGUUUUGCGUACAUUCCUCCAAGUGCGGUUUCUUCGUAAAUCGGUCCUUUUUGCUGUGUUUAUUAGUGCGAUGGCGGUCGUUAAAAAGUGUAGAGUUGCGUACCCCGGCUUCAAAGCUUCCUGUUUAACUGUUGUGUUCUUGGUUUGCCUGGAGACCGUUCUGCUCUGCACCGAAUCGACGUGCUCGAAGUCGUUCCACGUGCACUGGAACACCACGAAUAGCAUAUUCCGGAUCGACAACACGGACCACAUAAUCGACGUCAACAAGGGCAACCUGCAGUUCGAGUACGACCAGGUCAACAUCAUUUGCCCGGUCUACAUGCCCGGUUACGACGAGGACGCCGAGAAGUACAUCAUCUACAACGUGUCGAAGGAAGAAUACGAGACCUGCAGGAUAACGAAUCCAAAUCCGAGAAUUAUUGCCGUGUGCGACAAGCCGCACAAAUUGAUGUAUUUCACCAUCACGUUCAGGCCCUUUACACCUCAACCGGGCGGAUUAGAGUUCUUACCCGGCAAGGAUUACUACUUCAUAUCCACGUCAUCGAAGGAGGACCUGCAUCGUAGGAUCGGCGGCAGGUGCUCCACCAACAAUAUGAAGAUCGUCUUCAAGGUUUGUUGUGCACCCGACGAAAUGCAGAAUAGCACCACCGCCAGACUACCAAGUUCUACCACCCCCGGCAUGAUUUGGCCCCACAGAUCCACGAUAGGACUUACAUCUACUCAACCCACCACGUUAUAUAUACCUCGAACGGAGCCUACAUCUACACGAAAACCGACAAAGAAAAUAUCCGAAUAUGACAAGCGCCCCAAUGAAGUGGUAAAAAACGAGGAGUUAACAUACUCCAGUGGUGUCUGGUUGACAUCUGGACCGCCGGGCUUUUUAGUGGUCGCCGCCUGUAUAGCGGUGAUCAGAUGGCGGUGAACGAGGGGCGGUGGAGGAGGAAGAGGAGGCGCGUCCCGACGCGUCGACACGUACCUGUAAAGUAUCGAAGUAAAAAAAAAGAAGAAAACAAUGAAAAAAUGAACUGUAAAUUAUUUAAAGUGCGAGUCGAUGGGUUUAGGGGUGCGCCGCGCACCGGAAGACGGAGUUCAGUGCGUUUAUUCUUUUUAAUUUUGUAUAUAGUAGUUUAACUAUAUUACCAGCGACACUACUACACUACUAUCGCUAGUAUUACAGUGACAGUGCUAACGAAUUUGUUUCAGCGGUAUUACGCUGGUGUGAUAUUUAACGUCGACGGACUUGUAAAAAAAACGUUUAAGGUCGGAAAAACAAGACGCGCUUUUUAGUUUGUUUAAUUCGUGCUCGUUUUAAGUCCGUAAAUCGAUGUGCGAAACAAUUUAACCCAUUUUAGAUCUUGUUUUUGAAUAACAACGAUCGUUAUAGGGUUAAAAUGUAUCGCUACCCCAAAAUCCCGCAGUGUUCUCGUAUAAUAGUCAUAAAACGCUUCUAUAUGUUCAAUGUACUAAUUGGAGAUAACAUCUUAAGGUAUUGUCUUAAGACGUAUUAUGUGUAAAAAUUGCGCGUUGAUUUACGGGCUAAGAGAACGUCAAAAGUAUUAUUAUAAGUACACGGAUAUUUAAAUUUUAUAUGAGUAUAGUAAUCGUAAACGAUAAACAUUAACAUUGAUACCAGUCACACUAUUUAUAUUUAUUGUAUAUCUGUGUGCUGUAUUUUAAUACGGAGAAGAUGCAUUUAUUUUACCCCUUACGAGCGGUAGUGUUUGACGUCAUGUUUUUUGUAUUGUAUAUGUUAAAGACAGAGUACCGAAUAUUAUUAUUUUAUGGAGUGCUUAGGGAUUUUAUUAAUUUGCCUAAAUUGGGGGUGUCAAUACGUUUGAGAUUGAAACAAUGAUUAUGUUUUAAUUUCUCAAUCUAAUCUUUUUCAUUUAUUAAUUCGGGUUGGUCACUAUCCAUAUAGUAAUGUUAAUUUCAGAAUAAAGCGUUUUGUGAAGCUGGUCUUCUUAUAGUAUGCCAAUGCAUUGUUAACCCGAUAUCAAUCGCGGCAGAGUCUCUCUAAACUCAACCCACCUUUAAGUAUUACAAAUAAGUCCCCUGUGUAUACAGAACCAACAUUUAUUAGUAUCAAUUCUUCCCAUUAUUCAGUAAUAAGUCCGCAAUUUCUCGCACUUUCAUCACUAACGGCCCGUUUUAUUUCUUAAUCAUAACUCCUGACUGUAUUAUGCUUACAUACUUUUAUAUCCUCUACUAUCAUAAAAGAUAUUCAUUAUGAACAAAUCUGCGCUAUCUCAACUGUAUAGAUACUUAAUUGAUUAAAAUAAUGAAAGUGACCUAAAACUAAAAUUGAAUUUUUGUUGAUUGAUAUCUCAAAUGCUAUUGAUAAGUCAAUAUAAUGAAAUGUUUAGGUGUUUUAUAAAAUAUUAAUAUUCAAAAUUUUGUUAAUAACAUAUACAUAAACUGUGUAUCGAUGUCUGGUCAAAAUAUUAACGUAAGACUAUCCGUAAACUGUAAAAAUAAAAAUACUAAAAAAAAAAUAAUAAUAAUAAGGAAUAAAAGAACAGACGAGACCCAUUUACCUUUCGCACCAUACACAGUAUUGGGGCCAAAACCGAAUUCGUUGCAAACUACGGUGUGCAAAAGUUUCCUUUGCAGUAUUAAAUGUCGUUCAUUAAUCGAUGUACUUAAACGGACUCUUGCCAUUUUACGUGCGCCGGACCACGUUAAGGACCUUUUUGUAUCGAUGUUUUUCAUUCCUCCUUUCCUACCGGAAGUUUUUCCUACAUAAGUAGCCUUAGUGAUAAAGCCAGUAAGACUGGGUUACACUUAGACCCACAUAGAAUCAAUGUUAGAUAUCGCUUCGUUUGUUUUUAAUAUUUAUGUUGCCUGUAACAGAACCCUUAUUUACUAUAUAUAUAUUUUUUCGAAUGACCAUUUUCUUGCUUUGCGCAAUGACGAAUCUACGUGACGUUAAAGGAAUUCUGUUACCAUUCUCGUAUUAUUUACUCCGUCCUUCGAAAAACUACAACUUUCCGCGGCUUUAAACAUGAAAUUUUGAUUUAGCGUCACGUACAUUCUGAAAUAUUUCAAAAGAAGUGGAGUGUACGUGUGCACCUUUACUUAUAUUACUUACUACUUAUCAACUUAUAACUUUUCAUACUUACGCUCUCGAGUAACCAUGACAUCCAUUAAAACAACCCUUUGAUAGAGUAAUUUUUUAAUUUCAUAAAAAAUUUAUUUUUUAUACGAAUUGUAUGUCAUGUUUACGAUAAUUUUACCGAAUUACACGACAUUCCACUCUUGUAAAAGAAGGUAUACAAUACAAUAUAAUUGCGAAAUAAAUAAAUUGCAAUUUUAUUGUUUUCACAUGUUCUGCUAAAAAUUUAUUUGGCAGAAAAUGUUUAUACCGAUAUUCACGUCAACCAUAGCCAAUUUUAAUUUAACUGUAUCCUUCGUAUAACAAAUAACUUAAAAAACAUUAAACACAUAAAAAAAUGACAGUUUCUUAAAAAACCGUUUCUUUGCGAUGUCCCUCUCCCUACACAGGUGUUUUUAGAGUAUCUCUGUAUCGCGAUGUCGGAGUAUCUCAAAUUUAAAAGCGUGAACGUGCAAUUUCCCACAUAACCCCUUAAAAUAAAAAAACAUCCGCGCGUGUAAAAAUUCCUAAUUUAUUAUUAUUAUUGUAACUUUAUUAGAUUGUAUUAUAUUAUUUUUUAAACUAAUUUGUAAAAUCUAAGUAGUACUCGGAUACUUUACGGACAUCUGUUUAAUGUGUAUUGAUGAAAAUCUCCCCAUUUUUCUCAUUAGUAAUUUUAGAGGCACUCAGAAAUAAACAAUCUGUACACAAUAAAA